AAUCUUUGAUUAAUCUACACGGCAAAAAAGGGACACGCAUUCCCCUAAUCUCUCUCUGCGUCAAGUGUUGGAGCUCACAGUUCGAACUUCGAAGCCUGUGAGUCCGUCUUGUUCCUCAACGGCAUGAACUAACAGCUCCCACCCUCUCUCAUUUCGGGUUGGCCGCUUGGAGCAUUCGAUCAUGCAUCAUAUUGGAGAGAGCAUGACAUCGAGAGAGGCUGUGGAUAAUGAACAGGAAAUCUUGCUUAAGAACGAAAAUAGCGGAACAGAUGACGAACCUAAGAUUAACUAUAGAGGGUGGAAGGUCAUGCCCUUCAUAAUAGGGAAUGAGAUUUUUGAGAAGCUAGGAGCUAUUGGUACAUUGUCCAAUCUCUUGGUCUAUCUCACUACAGUAUUCAAUUUAGAAAACAUCACAGCUACAAAUAUUAUCAACAUCUUCAAUGGCAGCACCAACUUUGCUACGAUAAUAGGAGCUUUCUGCUCUGACACCUAUUUUGGCCGUUACAAGACUCUAGGAUUCUGCACGGUGGCUUCAUUUCUGGGUUUAUUAGUAAUACAACUGACAGCAGCAAUUGAGAAGCUGCAUCCACCUCAUUGCGAAGAGAACACCACAUGCAAAGGCCCAACAGAGGGGCAAAUGACAUUUCUAAAGACUGGUCUUGGAUUAUUGUUGAUAGGAGCUGCGGGGAUAAGACCAUGUAACUUGGCGUUUGGGGCUGAUCAGUUUAAUCCUAAUACAGAUUCUGGGAAAAAAGGAAUCAAUAGCUUCUUCAAUUGGUACUUUUUCACUUUUACCAUUGCUCAAAUGAUAUCCUUAACAAUCAUUGUCUAUAUACAAUCAAAUAUCUUCUUUUUGGGUUCGAAUAUGUAUGUAAAAGUUAAACCAAGUGGAAGUCCUCUGACUAGUAUAGUGCAAGUUAUAGUGGUUGCAGCUAAGAAAAGGAAGCUGAAGCUAUCAGAAUAUCUAUAUCCUUCCCUCUUCAACUACUUGCCUCCAAAAUCAGUGAAUUCUAAACUUCCCUAUACAUAUCAAUUCAGGUUCCUCGACAAAGCAGCAAUUAUGACUCCUCAAGAUCAACUAAAUCCCAAUGGAUCUGCUGCUGAUCCCUGGAGUCUUUGCAGUAUGCAGCAAGUGGAGGAGGUCAAAUGCUUGUUGAGAGUGUUACCAAUCUGGGUUUCAUCAAUUUUAUACUUUGUUGUUAUUGUCCAACAGCACACUGUUGUAGUGUUCCAAGCCCUUAUAUCCGACAGGCGUAUUGGGAGUAGCAAUUUCAUGAUCCCGGCUGCAUCCUACUAUGUCUUCCUGAUGAUUACCGUGGCAAUAUGGUUACCUCUCUAUGACAGAAAAGUCAUGCCUUUGUUUCAGAAGCUCACCCGAAGAGACAGUGGCAUCACACUCCUCCAGAGGAUGGGCACUGGCAUUUUUUUCUCGAUAAUCAGCAUGCUAGUGUCUGCAAAGGUUGAACGGCACCGGAGAAAUCUGGCUCUGACCGAACCACUUGGAAUUGAAACGAGAAAAGGUGUGAUUUCAUCAAUGUCAGGUAUGUGGCUGAUUCCUCAGCUGGCAUUGGCUGGUUUAGCCGAGGCAUUUAUGUCCGUUGCACAAGUCGAAUUUUACUACAAACAGUUUCCUGAAAAUAUGAGAAGCAUGGCAGGCUCUCUUUACUACUGCGGCCAUGCAGGGUCAAGUUAUUUGAGUACUUUGCUGAUUUCGACCGUCCACCAAAUCACCGCAAGAUCUGCAACCGGGAAUUGGCUGCCGGAGGAUCUGAACAAGGGGAGGUUGGAUAACUUCUAUUGCAUCAUUGCUGCUAUAGAAGUUGUUAAUUUGGGCUACUUUCUGAUAUGUUCACAGUGGUAUCGGUACAAAGGGACGGACAGCAGCUCCACCGAGCUUGAAAAAUUGACACAACAAUCUGAAAGAACUGCAAAUGGUGUUUAAUGGUUUGAGUUUAUUACAGCUCUUUUGUAGUCAUAGGUCUAUAACUACACUCACCCUUCAUUGAACCAUGACCCUAACAUGAAAUCUCACUUCAUCAUGUGGAGCCAUUACACUUGUAGAGAUCAAAAUCAAAUAGAUUAUUGCAUCGAAAACAAUGUUCUUCCCCUUCAAUUAUAUAGUUUUCAGAGAUAUGUUAUAUGUAGGUUAGGUAAACGGGUGAAUGUACUAAUUUUUUUUGUUUUUUGAAGUGCUGGGUUCAUUCCUUGAGAUGUUUGUCUUGAAACACUCAUAAUGGAAGAGAAAGUAAAGUUACAGCUUAACAUUA